AUGUUUAAUUCUUAUAAACAGAAGAGCUUUGCCGCCUUGGCUGCCGGAAAACGACGGCGUCAGGAACUGGACCAACAUGAUUUCAAGUUCUUGCAUUUCAAUCCGACAUUCUUUGCGACUGACGUGCUUGCAACAUAUCCUAUCAAGCUCGAAGAACGGAUGAUAUGCAAUGCUGAUGCGAAAGCACCACCGAAGCUAAUUCUUUCUUGGAACACUGAAUUUUCGCAGGAAAAUCUGGGCGGAUGUCCUGAUUGGAACUGCAGAUUGAUCGAUGACAAGGACAAGAUCAAGGAAGCCGAUGCGGUGUGA